AUGUGGGCUCAAUUAUCAUAUACUAGACCAGAAUCUCAGAAGACUGACUUAACGUCGUUGUUUUCCACAGAUCAAGAGCAAAAUCCAUUAAAUGACUACCAGUACCAGAUCAAUAUUAGGGAACUGGAGGAGUAUUACAACAAGACGAUUUUAAACGAGGAUAACAUACAGGAAACAAGCAGUGAAAUAUCUUCGGCAGUUUCAUUCUCUCCACCAAAAAAUACAAACGCUAUUCAACCGGGGCUACUGUAUGAUCCACAGUUAAUGAACCCUUUUCUCCCAUCCGCUCACCUGAAUAGCACGGCACCUACUACUUUUAAAAAGAAACUAGAGGUACAAAUAAAUCCGGACUAUGUCCCAAAAUCUUCACAAUUACCAUUAACUUCACAGAAUUUGCAACAGUUGUCUCAACAAAAGCCCAAAAAUGAUGCUUCUUUUUCAUCAGAGAAGGAAUCCUCAGCUCAACCUAAGGUGAAAAGCCAAGUGCAGGAAACUCCCAAACAAUUAUACAAGACAGAGCUGUGCGAAUCAUUCACUUUAAAAGGAAGUUGCCCUUAUGGCAGUAAGUGUCAGUUUGCUCACGGACUCGGCGAAUUAAAGGUUAAGAAAUCGUGCAAGAAUUUCAGGACGAAGCCCUGUGUGAAUUGGGAGAAACUAGGUUAUUGUCCUUAUGGCAGAAGAUGCUGCUUCAAACAUGGCGACGACAACGACAUUGCUGUUUACGUGAAAGCUGGUACUUACUGUAACGUCUCUUCGACUAGCAAACAAUCAGACGAAAAGAGAAGCAAUGGUCGCGGCUCCGCCAAGAAGAAGAAUCUAAAUGUUAAAGUAAAGGCUUUGCAGAGAAUGACCUGGUGA